AUGGCAGACGUCGAGCAGAAUGACAAAAAUGAUGACAAGUGCUACUUCGUGACGAGGACCCCAGUGACGACGUACGUGCUCGACUGGAAGAUCGAGCAGUUCCUCUUGAACGCUAACGUGCUGGGCCGCACCGGCAACCUCGUCUCGCCGAUAUUCCCGACCAAGCCGAUGGUCAGCGGUGACGGGGAGCAGGUCCUGGUCAAGCUUCAGGUGUCGCUCAGCUACAAGCAGCUGGAGAGCCCGAGUUGUUGGGUGCUCGGCGUCAAGAUGCUCCGCGCCGACGAGCAGGACGAGCAGGACGGCCCGAUUUACAACGCGGAGGCGCGACUCUGCUUCGUCGACGCUCGCAACAAGGAGGUCGACGAGCAGUACUGCUACUUCGUCGUGGGGCUGCAGAACUACACGCCGAUGGAGUUGCCGCACAACAUGCGAGAAAUUCUCGCGGACGGAGCGCUCACGCUGCGCUGCGAGGUCAAACUGGCCAAGCAGAAGUCCAAUAUGCACGUGCACUUGUGCGAGUUGCGCGAGACCUUCAAGCAGCAGGCCAUGCACCAAUUGGAGAACUCGAACGACAUCUACGAGGGUCUCGGCGUUAUCGACAAGAACCAUAGCUUCAGCGACGUCGAGCUCCUCAUCGAAGACCAAGUCUUCAAGGUACACAAGGUUGUGCUGGCAUCCCGGAGCUCCAAGUUCACCAAGAUAUUCAACACCAAGCCCGACGUGACGCAGCACGAGAUCCACGACCUCAAGGCCUCGAACUUCGAGGUCAUGAAGAAGUUCAUGUACGAGAACGUGCUCGAAGAUUUCGACAGCCUGAAGACGGCCAGCGAUAUUCUGAUCGACGCCAGCGAGUACGGCGUCAACGAACUCAAGCGGCUCUGCGAGACCUAUAUCUACGACCAGCUCUGCAACGCGAACAGCUUCGACAUAUUGACCCUGGCCGAUCGCUGCUGCUGCGACGAAUUCAAGAAGACCAUCUUGCGCUUCAUCUGUCGCGAGUUCAAGAGAGGCGUGCUAGACACCGAGGACUAUAAGCACCUGAAGCGCACCAAUCCGCAGCUCGCCGUCGAGCUGCUCGAGCAGCUCAACGUCCCCGACGAAUGA